UUUCUAGUCGAUCAAGAAUGCACGCAAGAAGCAGGUAACGGCCAGGGAGUGUGUGGAACGCACUGACGGUGCUGCGGGCGACAAUGGCGGUGGUCAGAAGCUGAGUCGGCCGAAUCUGCUGUCGUUCGUCGGCAAGCGUUCGGUGCAGGCCCUCGUCACAUUGGACAACUUCCGCAAGCUUCCGGCAUCGUGCCAGCAACGGUUGUUGCAACUGCUUCCUGUAGCCGACCAAACAGCGUUCGGUUCUGGACACACCAGUUUCUUAAAAAACGAAUACCUUAGUCAUGCCUGUGUCGAGUUUCAAAGGCGACUUUCUAACGGCGAACUCAGCGCAGACGGACUUCCGAAAAAGACGAGAAGCAUUCGGCGCAGAAUUCGCAAGCUGACGAAGCCGGUGUCUGAGUCCUCCAAAUUCGCCAGUCCUAAAGGUUCCCAUGGUUAUAGGUCGAAAAUUGGUCAUAAAGUUGUGUCCAAGUAUUUGAACGUAAGUCGUCGCAGUGUGAAACAGAAGUCGAUCGCCAACAACACGCAGACGAAUCAUCUACGGGUAAACGGACGAAGCAAACGUAUCAAAAAGGUUUUGAACUUCACGUCGUUGAAACUGUCCGGAGACGACAAGCGAAAUGAGCGCGAAGCUUUGCCACCGAUGCAGACCGGUGUGUGGCCAAAGAACGAUUCUUCCGAAGAAGUAGAAGAGAUCGGUGAGCGUGCGCAGACCAGCAUUGAGCCCCUGCCGCGGUUGCUGAUCAAUCUAGCAACGAAAAAAUUGACGUUCAUCGUAAAGGGUAAAAAGACGAAGAUCCGCACAUGGGUGGACGCAAACGGUCAGUCACAGCCUAGCCGGUCGCUGCAGGACUCGGUCGGCGGCGUCCGCGGUGGCUCGUCGUCGACCGACCCUAUGGCAAACACUAUGACGACGUGCCGCAAGGACGUCGGUGUCGGUGUCGGCGUUGACGUCGGUAACCGCAACAUCACCCUGAGGAUUAACACUCCAUCGACGAUUUUCUGUCGAAGCGGUGCUUUUAUAAGGAUGUACUCUCUGACGGAGUCGUCGUCGGCUAAAAGCCAGUUUUCAUCGAACGCCGAAACGCCGCGCUGA